CCCUCUCCUCCUUCCAGUCACUGCAAAGCAUGCUGGGAGCCCAGCCUUCACUUUAAUUCUGCAUUAGGUGCUGAUAUGCAGGAGGAUGUCGCAGAGCCCACGGGCUCCAUCGAGGUGGAGGCCAAGUUCAUGGUGGGGCCAGGCACAGAGGCCCGGCUGGUGAUGCUGGGGGCUGUCCUGGCUGGGGCUGUGUCCUUCCAGGACCGGUAUUACGACACCCCAGAUGGGCGGCUCACGCUGGCUGACCACUGGCUGCGGCACCGUGAAGGUGCCGGCUGGGAGCUCAAGUGCCCCCUGUGGCCGGUGGGGGGUGCCAGGGACCCUGGCUACGGCCCUGGUGCUACCUCCCAGGACGGGAGCACCAGAGAUGCCACCAGUCUGAACUCUGGUGCUCCAGCCCAGCCCCCAGGCAGCACCACAGCCUACCAGGAGCUGACAAGCCCAGUGGCCGUGGUGGCCCAGCUCUGCACCAUCCUGGCCGUGGCCCCUGAUCCGGGCUGGGCUUGUAUCCCUGUCGCUGUGGCUGGGCUGGGCCUGGAGGAGUUUGCUGCCUUCAGAACACAGCGCCGGAGCUACCGCCUGGGGGGGCUCCGUGUGGACCUUGAUGAGGCCGACUUCGGCUAUGCUGUGGGUGAGGUGGAGACAGCUGUGACCCACCCCUCGGAGGUGCCAGCUGCCCAGGAGGAGGUGACCCGCGUAGGGCGGGAGCUGGGUGUGGAGGUGACUGGUUCAGUCAUGGGCAAGAUGAGCGUCUACCUCCAGCGGUACCGACCCCAGCAUUAUGAGGAGCUGGUCCAGUCUAGGAGGCUUGUGAGUGCCAAAAUGCCCAUGAGGGACAGAGACUGAGACACCCCCACCAUUUCCCUCCCCCAGGCUGGCCUGCCCCACAUGGGACCCCCUUGUGGUCUAAAGCCCAGGUAGAGAGCAGAUGUAGGGGAGCAAUAAAGUCUGCUGAAUGCUG